UAUUCUCUUGCUAAUUGUUGCAGGUGAUUGGUCAAAAAUGAAAAUUCUUUGGACCGUGGUACUCUUUGUUUCAUUAGCUUCUUCCAUCGAUACGAACAGCGUCGAUGUAGUGAGAAAAGACAUCGAUGACAGUUGGUUUCCGGUGAACAUUAUUCAUAUAAAUGAUUUUCAUGCGAGAUUUGAAGAAAUAACUCCGCAAUCAAAUACUUGCAAUCCUGAAACCACGACAUGUGUUGGUGGAUACGCAAGAGUAGUUACAAAGGUGAAAGAACUUCUUGAAGUGAACAGAGACAACAAUCCAUUAUAUCUCAAUGCUGGUGAUAACUUUCAAGGAACACUUUGGUAUAACAUCGGGAGAUGGAACGUAACUGUUCAAUUUCUUAACAUGUUGAAAGCUGAUGCUAUGACGAUUGGUAAUCAUGAGUUUGAUCACGACAUUGAAGGCGUUGUUCCAUUUUUAGAACAAAUAGAAUCGCCUGUGGUUAUUGCAAAUGUUGAAGACAGUCAAGAACCGACAUUUCAAGGAAAGUACACGAAAUCCGUUGUGAUCGAUAAAUAUGAUCGUAAAAUUGGAAUUAUUGGUGCAAUUCUUCGAACAACAAAUAACAUUGCGAAAACAGGUCAAUUGGCAUUUACAAACGAAGCUCAAGCAGUUCGUGAAGAAGCAGAGAGAUUGAAAGCAGAAGGUGUUGACAUCAUUAUUGUGUUGUCACAUUGUGGCCUUGAUCGUGAUCGUGAAAUUGCAAACUUUGGCGGACCUAACAUUGAUUUAAUUGUUGGUGGUCAUUCACAUAGUUUCUUGUGGAGUGGAGAUGACCUUCCAAGCGUCGAUCGACCAGCUGAUUCAUAUCCAGUUGAAGUGGUCCAAGAAGAUGGUCAUAAAGUGUUAAUUGUUCAAGCUUCAGCUUACACAAAAUAUGUUGGUGACAUCACUUUGUAUUUUGAUGAUGAAGGAAUCGUUCAGCAUUGGGAAGGUGCACCACAUUUUCUCGGGAAUGAUGUGACACCAGAUGCUGAAGUCAUGCAAGCACUUCAACCAUGGAAAGAGAUCGUAGAUUUGUCUGGAAAGAGAGUUGUCGGUUCAUUGAAAUUCAUGGCUAGUAGUUCGGGAUGCUAUCAACGUGAAUGUCUUAUGGGAACUUUACAAGCAGAAUCAAUGUUGCAUUCACUUAUUGAAUCUGAUGAUCAAGGAUGGGCUUAUGCGACAAUGGCCAUGACAAAUGCUGGUGGUGUCAGAGGUCCGCUGUCACCUGGUCUUCUAACUUAUAGCGAUCUUGUAACAACAACUCCUUUUGAAAACACGGUUGACACUUUAGAAGUGCAAGGUCGAUACAUUAAAGAAGCUUUGGAGAAUGCUGUAAGAUUUAAUGACAGCACGAGUCUUUUACAAACAGCAGGAAUGAAAAUUGUUUAUAAUUUGGGAAAUGCUGCAUAUGCUCGUAUUGUGACUUUAGAAGUUUUGUGUCGUGUUUGUGACGUACCAAAGUUUGAAGCAAUUGAAAGUGACACUUGGUAUCGUCUUGCUAUUAACGGAUUUUUACUUGUCAAUGGAGAUAAUUAUGCCAUGAUUCGUGAUAAUGCAAGAAACCAUAAAAUUGGUGCUAUCGAUAUCGAUGCACUUACUAAAUAUGUCGAAGAUAAUUCGCCGAUCAAUUUAAUUACACCAAGAGGAAGAAUGACAAUAAUUCAAUAAAAGAAAAUAUUUUUAAUCAUUGAAUAAAGUUAAUAUUGAUCUGCA